AUGGCCGAGAAGGGCAUCAAGGAGGCCGGCGACAUGUGCAUGCACAUCAUGCUGUCCUCGCGCCACAGGGGCGCCCUGGAGAAGUCAUCUCAAGGGAGCAUCUGCCAAUCUCCAAGAGCCAAGACUCGCGGUGGAUGUACUGACAUCUACGAGAUGGCAACGUACACAGAGCUCACCAAGGACCCAAUCAUUGACACACACCUGUCGGAGCUUGAGGACACACUGCUCGAGCAGAACUUGUGCCGCAUCAUCGAGCCCUUCUCGUGCGUCGAAAUCGCCCACGUGGCCAAGAUCAUCGACCUCCCCAUCCACAGCGUGGAGAAGAAGCUGUCUCAGAUGAUUUUGGAUAAGAAGCUGCUCGGUGUGCUCGACCAGGGCGCCGGCACGCUCCUCAUCUUCGACGAGCCGACCGCUGACCGCACGUAUCCCGCGGCGUUGGAGACGGUGCAGGGUAUGAACAAGGUUGUGGACAGCCUCUUCGAGAAGUGGGCCAAGGUGGGCGCCGACUUUGUAUAA